CUGGACGCCUUCUUCAAGGAGCACGCCCGCAUCCACCGCCGCAUCUGCAGCACCAUCACCUUCGAUGACUUCGACCGACCGGACCUCCAGGCCUUGCUCAGUCGCCGCAUCGGCGAGGAGUACCACGACCGCAUGCAGCUCGAGGGCGGCGUCGACGGGCCUUACCUGCAAGCCGCCGCCCGCCGGCUGGCCCGCGGACGCGGCCGCAAGGGUUUCACCAACGUCUACGCCGUUCGCGAGCUCGUCAAGACCAUCGCUCACCGGCAGGUUCAGUGCCUGAUGGAGCAGCGCGACAACGGGGUGGACGAGGUCGACUACUUCUUCUUCUCCCGUGAGGAUCUCCUGGGCCCCAGCCCGGGUGACGUCAAGGAGCGCAGCGAGUCGUGGGCCCAGCUGCACGCCCUCGUCGGCCAAGACGCGGUCAAGACAUCCAUCCGCGAGGUUGUCGACACCGCCGACGAGAACUACUGGCGCGAGACGCGCAACCAGCGCCGUCUUCCGAUGCGACUGCACCGCAUCUUCGCCGGGCCUGUCGGCACGGGCAAGAAGACCGCCGCGGCGCUGUAUGCGCACAUCUUGUACGAGAUGGGCCUUCUGAGCAGCGAUGAAGUCAACAUCCAUCACCUGUCAUCGCUUCCCCGACCCGCGCCCCACGCCGGCCUCGCCCCCGAAGGACAGGCGCUUAUCCUCGACAUAUCCGGAGACGGCACCCCGGACAGCACUGUCAUCGACAUCCUCGCCGCCGAGAUGUCCUCGGGCUACGAAAAUCGCUGCAUCAUCCUGCUGGGCGACUCGGCCGCCAUCGCCGCGUUGCCGGACUCCAUCAAGCAGGCGACCCGGUUUGAGCAGCACCUGAUCCCCUUCCAGGGCUUCUCCCAAGAGGAGCUGGAGCAGCUGCUGCAGAACAAGCUGCAAGACCAGGGUGUCGACACCACCCCGGACGCCUUCCAGGCUGCCGUCGACAUCCUGACGAGCGCCCGCAUGCGCAAGGACUUCGACAACGCUCGCGCCGUCGACCGUCUGCUGCUUGUUGCCCACCACCACUACGAGGCGCGCCGUGCCCAGGCACCCUCCGCGGGCGCCACGCUCGACCGCGUGCUCGAGGCGGAGGACUUCGACGCCGGCUCCAUCGGCGGCGGGGCGGCCCUGUCCUUCCGCGAGGAGCUGCGCCACACCAUAGUCCCGGACGAGAUUACCUCUGUGCUGAAGCGGUACCAUCGCGAGAUGAAGACUGCAUGGCUGCAGGGUCAAGACCCGGGCAAACGGGUGCCGUGCACGCUGGUCUUCAAGGGAGGAUCUGGCAGCGGCAAGAAGACAGUUGCGCGUCAACUCGGCACGCUCUACUACAAGAUGGGCGUCUUGGACAGCGACGAGCUGAUCGACUGCUCCGUCGCCGACCUCAUCUCAUCCCACCCCGGCCACUCGUCGCUCCGGACGCGGUCCCAACUAGAAGCCAGCCGCGGCAAGGUGCUCUUCAUCGACGACGCCCACCGCUUGACCGAGAACGACUCUGCCGUCCAGGCCAUGGACGAGCUGAUCUACCUCCUCCCCCGCUACGCAGGCCACAUGGUGGUCAUCCUGGCGGGCCCGCCCUCCGAGAUGGACCACCUGCUCGCCAACCGGCCGCGCCUGUCAGGUCUCUUCCAGGAGGAAAUUGUCUUCCGCUGCCCGACGCCCCGCGAGUGUCUGCGUCUGCUCGAUCGUUAUCUCGACGAGCACAUCCCUACGCCGCGGCCGUACCUGAUCGACACGCAGGUGCAGAGCCACCGCGAGUUUACUCGCGCCGUCCAGGUCCUCUCCAUGUUCCCCUGCUGGAGCAACGCGCGGGACAUCAAGCUCCUGGCCAGGUGGAUGGUCUCGGCCGCCGUCCGCGACAUUCCGCUCGACGGCACCCCGUUGCCCCCCGUGCAGCUGUCCGAGGACCAGGCCAUGACCUGCAUGAUCAAGCUGUUCAACCUCAAGCGUGACCGGCUGCGAUACAACCAGGACCCCAAGGCCCGGAUGUUGCCCCGGAUCUUGUCCCAGCCGCGCUGCACCGAGCGCACUGGCGUCCGAUUCCCGGUCUGAGUGCCGUGACUGUAUGACUAUUGACUGGGGUGUUGCAUAGUGGAUGUUGCAUUGUGGAUAGAUUGCAUGGUAACUACAUGUGUACAUUCGUUGUCUUUCAUUUGUUCUCUUUCAUUUGUUCUUUUUCUUUUGUUUCCACCGGUGCUGGUCGCCGGGUUGAUUGCAUGAC